AUGAUUCCGCCAGCCCCGACUGGGUGUUCAACAAUACAAACUACUAGAAUUUGGGCAAUUGCACGUAUUCACAGAACUGCCUCGACCUUUGUACAUUUUUCGGCCUCCAAUCCGUGUCCAUCCACUCAGCGCAGGAGAAUCAGUUUCAUAUGGACAUUUGGGCAAGCCGAUCAAAUUGCACCGGAGCUACCUACACCAAAGGAAUGUGAAUCGGGAUGUCUUGGCAGGGGGAAUUACACAAAUUAUUGGAGAGACAAUUCCGCGUGGGACUACCCAACACAACUCCAGAAUCAAUUUCCAUUAUAUCCGCUGACCUAUUACACGAGCAAUGUAACUAAAUACGACUGCACUAGUCUCACAACAGUAUGGACCGACAUUCCGUGUUCUUCGCUGAAUACAAUGGCAACUUGUGUUUGCAUGAUGAGAAUGCCGAAUUAUGGAACCGCA